GUUUAUAUUAAAUUCAUUAUUUAUAGGUGGAAAUUAAGAUAGAAAUUAAUUUUGCAAUAAGUGACAAUUUGCAUGUACUGCAGUAAUUUAACCAUAUCUUUUUCUCUAGAGCCACACAGACGGGAAAGGGGAGGAAGUUGUUCUGCGCAAGGUCAAGAGCACCCAGCCGCCCAAAAUCCCAGCACCCGCCUCUGUUGUUCACUAGCAGCAGAAGAGGACAGCCGCACGGGAUUGCUCUGCACAUUGAAGGAAAAGCCGCCGCCCAGCCUAAUCGGAGGGACCCGAAUCCAAUCUGCACAAGAGGACCCUGAAAUCUGUUCAACACCGCCCAGCCUCUGUUCGACACCACCCAGUCUUGCUUCUUCUCCACCAGCCUUGCUUCCAGACAACAGCGCACCAUUCGGCAAACUGCAAUUCUCCAUUGUUUGGGUUUUUGUUGUUUCUGCUUUUUUACUAUGAUUUUCUGCCGGGAUUUAUUUUUCAUGGCUGUUGAGAACAUAAAUAUGUGUGGCUAGGUUUCUUUGAACUAGGGAUGGGUGGAUUUUAAUUUUUUAAGUAUGUGACUGUUUUUGUUAGUUUAAUUCAAGAUUUAUUGGUUAUUUGCAUGACGAGUUUAUAUUAUUGAAUUUAAUGUAUUGAGAGCUUGAUCACUUUUCAAUUGAUUUGAUUUAGUGAUUUAUGCAUGAACUUGAGAAAGAAUUGUAUAGAUUAUACCAAUAAUAAUAUAAACCGUGUGCUAGACUAUGAGACUGAGAGGUAAUUACCUCACAUGUGGUAGUGGAGGAAGAGAAGAGAGUUAGUAGCUCCCCUUUUUAAGCUAGAGGUUUUCAUAGAAUUUAAUGCUCAUUAGUUUGUUUAAAAUUACAUAGAGAUAUGAUUAAUUUAGCAAACAAAUGAAGGAUUAACUUGACUUGAGAAAGCUGGUUAAUUAAUUUAGGGAAAUCCGUCAUCUCAUGCGAUAACACUAUUAUUUGAACUUGAAUUAAAUUAAUGAAACAGUUGCAUAAUUCAGAAUUAAAUGAAAUCCAAACCCUAGUUCUUUCUCAUUCAUAGUUUCUUUAACUUAGAAAAUUCUUUAGUUUAAUUUUCCUUAGUUGACUUAGUUUUCUUUUAAAUAGUUUAGUUUUCCCCAUUAAUUGGUUAAUUCAACUUAGGUUAGAUUAAUAGGGUCUUGGUAGUGUAGGGUAGUCCUUGAGGGAACGAUAUCUUACUCAUCUUAUACUGCAUAAUCGAUUAGGUUCACUUGCCUAAAAGUAGUGCGUAUUUGGUGCAUCAGGAUAAGCAACCGUAAGACAUCCACCAUUGAUGGCCGGUGAUCUGCUUCUGGGUGAACACACAUGGCAGCAAUAUCAGCUAC